AUGUUUUCUGUUCUGCUGCUGCUACUGGUCAGCCCUGCUUUGGCCUGGAUUCCCAUUGGUGACUGGGAAUCUGGCAAUGUGACUGCAUCUGAGGGUGAUUCUGGUCAGUGCGUCUGUCAUGUCUUUCUACCGGACACCACAUUUCCAGCAGAUCGCGUGGAGCACAUGCAAGAAAUCAGCAAAGACCUGAACAUUGAAGUGAAUAUACAAAUGAACACGCUGGUGUCCUAUGAGGCCAAGCUAGAGGUGUACUUGAAGGACCUGUCACAGUUGACUUACAGAGUAAACAUGCUAGAGAGCAGUUCAGACAAAUACAUCAAACUUGACUUUGAGCUCCUCCGGAUUGAGCUCAGAGAGUUUGAAGCUCUCGUGACCCAGCUUAAGGAGUCCCUGAAUAUCUCAUCACCGCUCUUUGACAGUUUGUACACAGAGAUCCAUAACAUGACUAUGAUUGUGAACCAACUGGAGAUCUAUGACAAGAGCAACCUGGAGGUGAUCCGCAUUGAGUUUGCCAAGCUGCAGAAGAAGUUGGAGGAUUGUCAACAGGAUCAGAACUUCAAGCCAGUUGCUGGCAACUGCAAUGGCACAGGAAUCAUGAGCUUGAGCAAGCCCCAUGUCAUCCAACUGAACGCUCAGUUAGCUAGUAGCUAUGUGUAUGGAGGUUGGGCCAAAGACUCCAAGCCACUGCGGGGUUAUGAGUCCAUGUAUGUGUAUGGGGCAUACAGCACCACAUAUAUCUAUGACUUCUUCCUGUACAGCAACUAUGAUCAACUGAUUCUUAGAGCAGCAUUUCAACAGAAUCACCUGCCAAAUGGAUGGAGAGGCCUUGGUAGCAAUUUUGCAGUUCGUGAUCACAGUAUAUAUUACCAGCGAAACACAAACGAAAUGUCCAAACUCAAUAUAACCGGUACCAAAUAUGACUACCGAGUUAUUUCUGAGGCGAGCAGCAGUUUUUCUUACAGUUACUCCUCAAACCAACACCUAGACUUUGCAGGUGAUGAAAAUGGGUUGUGGGUAAUUUAUGCUUCAGACGAAAGUAGGGGGAAGCUCAUUGUGGCUAAGAUAGACGAGAAGGCCUUUGGCGUUGUGAAUAAGUGGUCAACAGAUGUCUACAAACAGUUGGCUGGUAAUGCCUUCAUGGCCUGUGGAGUAAUGUAUGCCACGAGGUCAGUAGAUCUGACCACAGAGGAGAUUUUCUACUCUCUGGACACGAGAACUGGAGAGGAGAAACACCUCAGCAUCCCCUUUCAGAAGUUCCAGGAGAAGUACAGCUACCUGGACUACAACCCCACUGAUCAGAAGCUCUACAUGUACAACAACGGCUACUAUGUGUCCUACAAUGUCAAGUUUAACUGA